ACCUUUAAAAAUUUUGCUAAGUGUUCGGUGAAACACCAAGUGUACUUUUGUUUUACAUUCAUACUGUGGCUACAUUUUGUUGCAACAACACUUUUCACAGCUUAAGGAAGAGGCUUGCGAAAAAGUCAACACCCCUAGGUCCUCCCGCUGAGCAACCAUUUCGCCGCUCUCUUCUAAGCAAGACCGGCAGAUAUACAGGCCACGAGCUUAAGGAAGAGGCUUGCGAAAAAGUCAACACCCCUAGGUCCUCCCGCUGAGCAACCAUUUCGCCGCUCUCUUCUAAGCAAGACCGGCAGAUAUACAGGCCACGAGCUUAAGGAAGAGGCUUGCGAAAAAGUCAACACCCCUAGGUCCUCCCGCUGAGCAACCAUUUCGCCGCUCUCUUCUAAGCAAGACCGGCAGAUAUACAGGCCACGAGCUUAAGGAAGAGGCUUGCGAAAAAGUCAACACCCCUAGGUCCUCCCGCUGAGCAACCAUUUCGCCGCUCUCUUCUAAGCAAGACCGGCAGAUAUACAGGCCACGAGCUUAAGGAAGAGGCUUGCGAAAAAGUCAACACCCCUAGGUCCUCCCGCUGAGCAACCAUUUCGCCGCUCUCUUCUAAGCAAGACCGGCAGAUAUACAGGCCACGAGCUUAAGGAAGACGCUUGUGAGAAAGUCAACACCCCUAGGUCCUCCCGCCGAGUAACCAUUUCGCCGCUCUCUUCUAAGCAAGACCGGCAGAUAUACAGGCCACGAGCCAUGAACUAUUUCGGAGGCGGCGAUGCAGCACCGCCCGUCGGUGUCAAGGGGAGCUCGGGUGGUGGAAGAGGCAGAGUCAAGCCCAACGCACCUGAGCCCAUCGCGGGAUCGUUGUUGACUGCACCGCAGCAGCAGCAGAGACCGGCAGUGAUGGAACCGGUGCCACGAGACUGCGGACGGCACUCGAACGGUCUUCCGCAACUCGACGCUGGAGAAACGCUCUUCCGCAACUUGACGCAUAGCGAAACACCCCGAGACUCCCAGGUGCAAAAGCGUAAGGAAGAAGCGUGCGAGAGCGUCAACACCCUUAGGUCCUCUCACAGAGUGGCCAUUUCACUGCUCUCUUCUAAGCCAGACCUGCAGAUAUACAGGCCACCAGCAACGCCCGUCUGUGUCAAGGGGAGGUCGGGUCAUGGAAGAGGCGGAGUCAAGCCCAACGCGCCUGCGCCCAUCGCGGCAUCGUCGUUGACUGCGCCGCUGCAGCAGCAGAGACCGGUAGCGAUGGAACUGGCGCCACGAGACUGCGGACCGCACUGCAACGCUCUUCCGCAACUGGACGCUGGGGACGAAUGGAGGCAGCGCAGCGAAACACCCCGGGACUCCCAGCUGCAAAAGGUUAAGGAAGAAGGUUGCGAGAGCGUCAACACCCCGAAGUCCUCUCGCCGAGUGGCCACUUCGCCCCUCUCUUCUAAGCCAGGCCGGCAGAUAUACAGGCCACCGGCACCGCCCGUCGGUGUCAAGGGGAGCUCGGGUCAUGGAAGAGGCGGAGUCAAGCCCAACGCGCCUGCGCCCAUCGCGGCAUCGUCGUUGACUGCGCCGCUGCAGCAGCAGAGACCGGUAGCGAUGGAACUGGCGCCACGAGACUGCGGACCGCACUGCAACGCUCUUCCGCAACUGGACGCUGGGGACGAAUGGAGGCAGCGCAGCGAAACACCCCGGGACUCCCAGCUGCAAAAGGUCAAGGAAGAAGGUUGCGAGAGCGUCAACACCCCUAGGUCCUCUCGCCGAGUGGCCACUUCGCCGCACUCUUCUAAGCCAGGCCGGCAGAUAUACAGGCCACCGGCCAUGAACUAUUUCGGUGGUGGCGAUGCAGCACCGCCCGUCGGUGUCAAGGGGAGCUCGGGUCAUGGAAGAGGCGGAGUCAAGCUCAACGCGCCUGCGCCCAUCGCGGCAUCGUCGUUGACUGCGCCGCUGCAGCAGCAGAGACCGGUAGCGAUGGAACUGGCGCCACGAGACUGCGGACCGCACUGCAACGCUCUUCCGCAACUGGACGCUGGGGACGAAUGGAGGCAGCGCAGCGACACACCCCGGGACUCCCAGCUGCAAAAGGUUAAGGAAGAAGAUUGCGAGAGCGUCAACACCCCUAGGUCCUCUCGCCGAGUGGCCACUUCGCCGCUCUCUUCUAAGCCAGACCGGCAGAUGUACAGGCCACCAGGUUAUACUGGAGUUCAUGUUCACGGCUGGGUGGAGCAUAUAUGCAAAGCGGGCCCAUGGUCGCCUCCCGUCGCCGGAGACCCUGGCACUGGAAGAGCGCCAAAGGCGCUCUGCGAAGCAGCAAACCUUGUCACAUGCACCCACUGACACGGUCCAGCCGCUGAGGAAAAAACACUGCCGUUUCGCCAUUAUGGACUCUAUAGGCCGCUGUGAUCCUGUUCGAACGGAAGUUUAAGCGGCAGUUAAACGGGAGCAAAGUACAUGGUCCUCCUCAGUACCUAGACAAAGGCCGAUUUUGAGAAGCAAAAGUCCCCAGGUCUCUAUCUGGAGACUUUUUGGGUCGGGCAAAUACGUGAAAAAAAGCAAUCGUACCCGAAGACGGCCGGGUAUACCAAAUAUUCAAUUCGCAAGUCGAAUUAUUCAAACGCUCACUAUUCGAUUAGUACAUUCGAGUAUUUGUACACUCGUAAUUCAAAGUCCAAGUGUGCAUUUGCCUUAAAGAAAACAAUCCCCCACUGAGGGUGUCUCAUCAAGAUCUUUUUGUGUGACUGCAAUCUUUAACCCACAAUAAUGUGUAUAAUAUGUUGUAUGCUACCCAAACAACAGUUUUGGAAAGAAUAAACAAAUCUCUUUUCUCAUCAACUUUCAUACAUGUGGCUGUAUUAGGAAAACCAGGAUUUGGCGGUGCACAUGCCUACCGAGAGAAUGUACACUAUUUCUCCAAACUUGCUUGGACCUUCUUUCACAGGUAAAUAGAUCAAAGCAAAUUUGAACUAGAAAAAGGUGACAAUUGCCCCGCAUGCAGCCAUGGUGACUUGAAAAACCACAAAUUUUACCAUGCUUCCGCAUCUGUGCUUGGUACGUUAUACUGUUCUGUUGCCCAUUUUACAAAUGGGCACUGGUUGCCACAGCACAUGGGUAGAGUACUCCACUGCAACUCAGAAAGGUUGAGAAACCCAUCUGCCAUUUGAAGUGUCUCCUUUCAGUUUCUUGUGGUGACAAAAAAUGGAAGAACAGAUACCUCUACAUUGUUUACUAUGGCCCUGCACAACACUACAUGUGAUUUUUUUUCCUCCUGCAAUAUUCAUUUGGCAUCGUGACCUGAAUAAGUGCCUUCAUUGUAAUCAACUGCCAUAAUUUUUCACUUUCCUUGGGAUACAGGUUUCAGUUUCACGGUUCCACUGCUGUGCCCUCAACAACAUACACUUUUGUACAUCUUAUAACGGUCACUGUGCUAAUGUGAGUGGUGAAGGUUAGGAGCGUACAACUCUCUAUCAAGAUAUUACAGUGCCAUAACGUGUUCCUUGUGCUUGAAAUCGGUGACAAAAGCAGAAUAUGCUACAUAAUGCUAGUCAACAUACAGAAUCAGCUUCAGGAAGCUGACAAGGCAUGUUGGUGAGCGUGGUGCAUCACGCACCAUCAUGACAAAUAUGCAAACAGUAAGUACUGGGCGUAACAAACAAACAUUCGUGGUCAGCUCACAGCUGUUCACAGAUAAGUUAGAUGUGUCCUACAUCUGAUAGUCAAUAAAAAUUGACUGUUUGGCAGCAAAAUUGCACUACAGAGAUCAAUAGUCUAGUGGGUGCUGAAUGGUGAAUUUUCAGAGGUGCAUGCUAUCAAGAAAAAAAAAAUUUACAGAGAACUCAACCAACAUCAGCUCCUGUAACCUUGUGAUUCAUAAAAACCCUUGUUGCUUUACAUGAUUUAUGGCACGUAUUGUAAAUGGUGACAUGACAGACCUCUGCACAUAUUGCCAUGGCAAUACGUUCAAGCAAAGGGACAAAAACACAAAACAGCUCUCGUUUGUCAAUUUUUUUUUUUACUGAUGUUGCUGCCGUUAUUCUUCGUCAGUGUUGCAGCACAAAAUUCACUCAGUUCAAUAACACUUUAACACAAGAACAAAUAUGAACAUCACAAUGUUUACAAACCGCCAAAUAAAUCACAGUUU